GAAUGUUUCAGUGCCUGGGGUGAUCCAUCACCAUGGUCGACCUGGCGAGUCCCAGCAGCCCAUUGUCUCCUUUGGGAGACACCAUACUGGACAGUCCGCUGUGUGGGGAGCUCAUACAGGACAUGGAGGGGCUGGAGGACAUCUCCCACUCAAUCGACAGUGACGCAUUCAGCUAUCUGCACCUCCCCGAUCACCUAUCCUCCAGCUUGAGCUCGGAGAGCACCACCCUCGGUGAAAAGAAGCAAUGGUGGACUUCAUGCGUAUUGGAGGAUGCACGUGCUUGUCCUCACACUUGCAUUGGUACAGGGGAACAUGGGAUUGCAGGGAUACAGGAGUACAGGGAAUUGGAUAUGCUGACCCCAGUGUCCAGUCCAUCUUCAGGCAUAUUUGGAGCAGCCUCAGGACAGGACCAACUGUCCUCCAGUCCUCUAAACCUGGAAUGCAGAGUGUGUUCUGACAGGGCCUCGGGAUUCCAUUAUGGUGUGCAUGCCUGUGAAGGGUGCAAGGGUUUCUUCAGGAGGACUGUACGCUUGAAGUUAGAGUAUGACAAGUGCGAGCGAAAUUGUAAAAUCCAGAAAAAGAAUCGAAACAAGUGCCAGUACUGCCGCUUCCACAAGUGCCUUUCUGUAGGCAUGUCCCAUAAUGCAAUCCGGUUUGGGAGAAUGCCUCAGUCAGAGAAGCUAAAGCUUAAGGCUGAAUUGGUGACUGGAGAGAAGGAGGAGGGAGAGACCCAGCUCUCUGACAUGAAGUCUCUGGUCAGACAGAUUUAUGAAGCCUACCUUAACCACUUCCACAUGAACAAGGCCAAAGCACGUGUCUUUCUCACAGGCAAGACCAGCACUCCACCCUUAGUUAUCCAUGACACAGAGACUCUACAACUGGCUGAACAGACUCUUGUCUCCCUACUGGGAGGUGGAGCUGUGGAUGAGCAUGCAGAGAUUCAAGACAGGGAGGUGGAGGCACGGUUAUUCCGCUGUUGCCAGUAUACAUCAGUGGAGACUGUGACGGAGCUUACAGAGUUUGCCAAGGCUGUGCCAGGCUUCUCCAGCCUGGACUUGAAUGACCAGGUAACGCUGCUGAAGUAUGGUGUCUAUGAGGCAUUCUUCACACUGCUAGCCUCCUGUAUGAACAAAGACGGGCUGCUGGUCGCCCGUGGCAACGGCUUCAUCACUAGGGAGUUCCUCAAGAGUCUGCGCAGACCCUUCAGUGACAUGAUGGAGCCCAAGUUUCAGUUUGCCACGAGGUUCAAUUCUCUGGAGCUGGAUGACAGUGACCUGGCUCUCUUUGUGGCAGCCAUCAUAUGCUGUGGAGAUCGGCCAGGACUGGUAAACGUCUCUCAUGUUGAAUGCAUUCAGGAAAGCAUCGUUCAUGCUCUUCGACUCCACCUGCUGGCCAACCACCCAGACAACACUUUCCUCUUUCCCAAGCUGCUUCAGAAACUGGCAGACCUUCGGCAGCUUGUGACUGAGCAUGCUCAGCUGGUGCAGGAGAUCAAGAAGACAGAGGAUACUUCUCUGCACCCACUUCUACAGGAGAUUUACAGGGAUAUGUACUGAGCACAAAGCCUUGCCUAAAACCAGAGAAAAACUGCUUAUUCUUGCUUCACUAAGACAACUGGUUGGGUUG